CGCCCUGUCCGUAAAAACCUUUGGAAUGUAAUACUUGACCUUGUAAGAUUUAAUGCACAUGUUCCUUGCAGCUCGUCAUCAUGCAGCACCAUGGCGGUUCGUCGGCCGCCGUUCCAUUAGCGUAUUCGAUCCACACAUGGUUAAAGAUGGCAAGACCGACCAGCGCCGCUUCAGCACGAACUUUCUCACCUCUCCCUACGUCGAUGGCAUCACCAGGCACUCGGAGGCGACGCACAUAGAUUGCCGCCACCUCGACUUCUUGCGCCUGCAGCUCAUCACGCCUGCGUCUCCGUUGUACACUGCAUCAGCAGAGGAGGCAGCGCUGAUGGCUCCGUUUCCAGACCCGUUUUGGGGGUUCUGCUGGCCUGGGAGCUACGCACUCUGCCGCUUCCUCCUCGAAAACCCCGAAGUCGUGCGAGGCAAGUUGGUCCUCGACUUUGCAGCAGGUUGUGGCAUCGCGUCCAUUGUAGCGUUGCACGUCGGCGCGUCAGCGAGCAUCGCGAACGACAUUGAUUCGUGGGCAUGUACCGCUUCGUUGAUCAACGCCGCCGCGAACCUCCCUGCGUCGACCUUGGCCACGUCGUUUCACGUGUAUGACGGCAACCUUGUCGGCACGCCGUUGUCGUCCGUGCAUGACGCCACCAUGAGUGCCGCGCACCCUCAAUCGACGUCGUCAUCCUCCCCCUCCGACUGGGUCGUCCUUGCGGGCGACGUGUGCUACGAAGAACCGCUUGCCACUGACGUCAUUGCAUGGCUGCACGCGCUGGCCGCUCAAGGCGUCCAUGUCCUGCUUGGCGAUCCCGGUCGGCAGUUCCUUCCCCACGCGCGGUUACAUCCGGUGGCAUCAUACGAGCUGCCUCCGAGCAUCGCCGACGGCAACUUUGGCCUGUCGCCCACUGGGGCUGUGUGGACGUUGUUGCCGACAUCACACCUCCAUAAGCAAAAGUAGUUUGUCAUAACCACAUGGAUGGCCAUGGACGACGAUAUAUCAUUUCUUG